AUGGGCCAGGUGAACUGCUGCCGCGGCUCCAGCUCCCGGGCGCUGAAGGAGCUCUGGGUCAGCGCGCUCCUGGGGCCACCAGAAGGAGUGGAGGGAGCCCGGGUGACCCAGCUGCCCUCCAUCAAGCUCCUGCUGAAGGAGCUGAGCAGCCGCCAUGCCGCAACGACACUACACGCCAGCAGCCUGGAGAGGCUGGUCGAGAGCCAGGCAAAGCAGGCGGGACCCAGCAGGAGGAGGGGGCUGCCCUGGUGCUUUGCAUGGCGAGGGACCUCAGCCGCUGCAGAGGCACCCGGGCUGUCGGGCUCUGGCAGCAGGGGGGCUCUCUUCGGCCGGCCCCUGGCAGCUCUCUGCAGCCAGGACGGCACGCUGCCCCAGCCCAUCCAGGACCUGCUGGCUCUUCUGCACGAGCACGGGCCAUCCACGGAGGGGAUCUUCCGGCUGGCGGCCAGCGAGCGUGCCUCCCGCGAGCUCCGGGAGGCCCUCGACAGCGGAGCGGAGGUCCACCUCGAAAGCCAGCCUGCACACCUGCUGGCCGUCAUCUUGAAGGACUUCCUCCGGAAGAUCCCCUCCAAGCUCCUCCAGGCAGAGCUCUACGAGGAAUGGAUGAACGCGCUGCAGAAGACCAGCAGGCAGGAGAGGCUGGCAGGACUGAAAGAGGUGGCCAGCAAGUUGCCCAAGGGCAACCUCCUGCUCCUCAAGAGCUUGCUGUCCCUGCUGCAAGACAUCAGCAGAAACGCGGCCACCAGCAGGAUGACUGCCGGCAACCUGGCCGUCUGCGUGGGGCCAAACCUGCUGAGCCCAGCCGAGGAGCACACGCUCCCCCUGGACGUCCUGCUGCAGGUGACGGGGAAGGUGCCUCCAGUCGCUCUGGAAAGCAAACACCUGAAGGCUCGCUGGGGAGAAGGUAACAUGAGCUAG